GCGCCGGGCCGCGGCCAGUUUGGUUGGAGCCGGAGGGCGUGGGGCGCGGAGCGGCAGCGGGAGCGGCGGCGGCGCGGCGGGCUGUCCGGGCCGGGCGGCGCGACCUCCGCCAUGCCGGGCAUGGUGCUCUUCGGCCGGCGCUGGGCCAUCGCCAGCGACGACCUGUUCUUCCCGGGGCUGUUCGAGCUGUUCCUGCGGGCGCUGUGGUGGGUCGGCAUCCUGGCCUUGUACCUCCGGUACCGCGGGAAGCUGGACUGUGCUCGGGGGACCCUGCUCAGCAACUACAUGGUGGUGCUCAUGGUGCUCCUGGCGGUGAUCGUAUGUACCAUGAUGGCCAUCGUGUUCGUGAGCACGAGAGGAACCAUCUUCAACCCCGCGCCCCGGAAGUCCAUGGCGACGCUGCUGUACAUCCGCCUGGCGCUCUUCCUGCCCGAGAUCGUCUGGGCCUCCCUGGGGGCCAUGUGGGUGGCAGAGAGCACUCAGUGCGACAAGAUAGUGGUGAGCGCCAUCAUCGUCACCGUCGUGGUCAGCUGGAUGAUCAUCGGCUCCACGGCGGUCACCAUUUUCAUUGUCUUCGACCCGCUGGGGCGGAAGGUGGCGCCGUACUCCUCUGCCGGCCCCACCUAUGACCCCGAGGCGAGCCAGUUCCUCAGCGGCCUCCGGACGGCGGCCACCAGCGUGUGGGAAAAGAGGAUGAGGCUGCUGUGCUGCUGCGUGGAGCGGGACGACCAGGCGCGCAUGGCCUUCUCCAGCACGGCCGAGCUCUUCUCCACCUACUUCUCCGACACAGACCUGGUGCCCAGUGACCUCGUGGUGGGCCUCACCCUCCUCCACCAGCAGCAGGACAGAGCCAGGAGCAGCCAGCCGCCGAAGGAAGUGGUCAGCCACUCCCCAGGGUCCUCCCAGGGGGACAGCCUGGACGUGGAGCUGGAGAACUGCCGCCACUACAUGCCGAUCGCGGCCGCUGCCUACGGCUGGCCCCUCUACAUCUACCUGAACCCCUUUACGGGGCUGUGCAGGGUUGGGGGCGACUGUUGCAGGAGCAGGACCACAGAGUUCGAUGUGGUUGGAGGCGAGCAGCCGCACUGCCAUUCUGGCUCCGUCCUGCGGAUGGCAGGGCUCCAGCACAGCGACUUCAUCCACAUGAGCUUCCACGACAAGGUCUACGAGCUGCCCUUCCUGGUGGCUCUGGAUCACAAGAAGGAGUGCGUGGUGGUGGCCGUGCGGGGGACCAUGUCUCUGCAGGACAUCCUCACCGACCUGUCCGCAGAGACCGAGAACCUGGACCUGGGGUGUGACUUGCAGGACUGCGGGGCACAUAAGGGGAUGACUCAGGCUGCCAAGUACCUGUACCGACGCCUCGUCACCGACGGGAUCCUGACCCAGGCCUUCAGCGCUGCUCCUGAGUACCGGCUGGUGGUUAUCGGGCACAGCCUGGGAGCGGGCGCUGCAGCCCUGCUGGCCAUCAUGCUCAGAGGCUCCUACCCCCACGUCCGGUGCUACGCCUUCUCGCCGCCCAGGGGGCUGCUGAGCAAAUCCCUCUAUGAAUACUCUCAGGACUUCACCGUGUCCCUGGUCGUGGGCAAGGACGUGGUCCCCAGGCUGAGUGUGACCAACAUGGAGGACUUGAAGAGGAAGAUCUUGCGGCUGAUUGCCCGCUGCAACAAGCCCAAGUACAAGGUUUUGCUGCGCGGCUGCUGGUACGGGCUGUUCGGAGGGAGCACAGAUGACCUUCCAACAGAGCUGGACGGGGACGACCACAGGGACCUGACCCUGCCGCUUCUCGGGGAGCAGAGCCUGCUGACACACAAGCCCCCCGGAUACAGGUCCACCGACUCCCCCGAGGGGUCCCCCACCAAGUACCCCCCUCUCUACACUCCCGGCAGGAUCAUCCACCUGGAAGAAGAGGGGGCUUCAGGGAGGUGCUGUUACUCCGCUCGGUACACAGCCAGGUGGUCACACGAGUCAGAAUUCGGCGAAAUCCUCAUCGGCAGAAAGAUGCUCACAGACCACUUUCCGGACGUCAUGAUCAAAGCCUUGGACAGGGUGUCCAACAGGGAGGCCUGCAUUUCCUGUCCCACCCCAGGAGGCUCCGCGUAAUGGGGACGUGCUGUGACCACGGCGGCUGGGGGCCUCCAGGACCGCAGGGCGGACCGUUGUUCUUAGACUUGAUAUCCAAGUGGAUCCCGUGAUGCCACUGCAGUGAUGGGAGGUGGGCGGGCACUGAACUCGAGUCUAAUGACGGAGCGGUCUGAGAAGCCGUUUUACCACAUCAGCACAGCAGCUUGAAAGCGCACAAGCUUUGCAGGAGCCCGUCCCCGGGGCCUGUGGAUUCCCGCCCCAGGAGAGCGUGUGACAUGGCCCCAGGUGUGGCCUGCACCCCCACCUGCCACCUCCCACUGGCAGGACCUGAGCGUGGCACCCAGAGGUGCGUUUAUUUAGUGAACUGGAUUCUCCUGGCUGCGCACUCAGGCCUCCGCUGGGAGGGUGGGGUCCGGGUACUCCCGUGGCAUAAGGCUUAGCCUGAGCUCCUGUGGGAGACAGACAAGGCCCGCAGGAAAGUGAGGGGACGGCUGCUGCCCGGGCCACAGCCUCCUGUUCACAUGCUCACACGCUCGCCUUGCUUCAUCUGCCCGGGCCCAGGGCACGGGCCCAGCCUCUGGCUCUGGGGGUCGGGACGGGCUCCCAGGGCACUAAUAAAUCGCUUACAUGGCCCCGGUGUGUACAGUG